UGUAUAGUUUAUAAGUUAAAAAAGACUUCACCUUUAGAUGCACUUAAAAAAAAGCAAAUUCGAGGACAAACUUUAUAUUCUUCUUCUGAUGCGAGAGAGUGAGAAGAACAAAAGGGUUUGAAAUUUUCAAAUUCCUCUGCUUUUCCCAUGGCUGAUUGUUAUCAACUGGAAUCUAUUCUUUUCCACUUUUGUCUCUUUCCUCAUCUGAUCAACUCUUAAUUUAUGUUCUUUGGAUUCUCUCAGAGAGGAUAUUUAUAUAUAUUGUGGUUAUCAACUCUUCUUUGGAAACCCUUUUGCUCUGUUUUUGUUUUCAGAAAUUAAAGAUUUUUUUAAGGUUUUUUUUUCAAUCUGGGCACGUAAAGUUUGAAACUUUAUCAAAAAGACAAAAGAGGUCUUCUUGUCUAAUUGGUUGGUGAUUGGGUGUGUUUCAAAGACCCAACAUAUGUUUUGAUGAGGGUUUUGCUGUGUAAGAUCCAGUGCCCUUCUUUCUUCUGCUUCUGCAAGCCUUCUCCUCACAUCUACGCCGCAUCAGGCUCGCUUAAAGUAGAGAACACGCCUCCUCAAGUGUCUUCUCCUUCCAUUACUACUACGGUUGUUGAUGACAAUGAUGAUGAUGAUGAUCAUUAUGUUGAUGCACAUGCCGCAGAAUGUGUUGAUGGAGAUCAUGCUAUAGAGGAAAAGGAAGAAGCUUGUGGUGUAGAGGAGAAGAAACAAGAAGGUGGGAUCUUGAAAAGCAGUCUCAAGAAGGCGGUUUUGGAUUCACCAAGGGUGGAGAAGAAGAAGAAGGUACAGUGGGUGGACUUGAUGGGGAAAGAACUUGCUGAGAUCCGUGAGUUCGAGUCUAGUGAAGAAGAUGAUGUCAGAUAUGAUGGAGAUCAGAGCUGUGUUUGCGUUAUCCUGUGAUCAACUCAGUUCAGUUUUGCUCGGAGAUAAGGAAAUGGUGAAAGGUGAAGAAGCUUGCUGGAGAUUGAUCCAUGUUGGUUUUGUGGCCUUGGCUAUAGAGUCCAUAGUACAUAUAGUAGAAUCUACAUUUGCUUGUCUGAGGUUAUAUGAAGUUUCUAUAUAUAACUUGGCAGCAUUUUGGUAUGGUUUUAGAAUUGUGAAAAGAAUUGCUUUUUAUUACAAUUGUUUCUUUGGGCAGUUAGUGAAUCUCUUUCUCAUUCAGAUUCAAAUGUUGAAAUCUAGUUAUAUGCAUUGUUCCGAGUUCAUCAGCA